AUGUUUAUGAAGAAAGAAUUCCAACUGGACCAGGUGACACAGGACAUGUCACGGCUGCAGGUGUUUGCUGAAGCUCCGGCCGUCAUCCUGAGUCUGUCCCUCGUGGCCGGAGGUGACAUUGUGUGCUCGGCUGAGGGGGAACCACCGGCCAACAUCACAUGGAUCGACCCCGAGCAUAACACGCUGCCCAUUAACACCAGCCACACGCCAGUCACACAUGUACCGGACAAGCAUCAAACCGUGGGGGAGAUCCGGGGCCCGAGGCUGAGGGGAACUUACCGCUGUGUAGCUGAGAACACACAGGGUAGUGACGCCCGAGACAUCCUCGCACCUGGACCACAGAGCAAUGGUGGUCGUACUGUCUAUAUUAUGGUAUCCAUUGUGGUGCUGCUCGUUCUGGUGACUGCCAUCAUUAUCUGGCGGGUAAAGAGAGGUGAUGGUGUCGGACAUUGCUGUCAGUGUUCAGAGAGUCAUCAAAUGGUUAGCAACAAAAUGGUCCGACCUCAGCCGCCUGCAGGAGACGACGAAGCUGCUGUGAUCUACAGUGUGGUUCCCCCAGCACCGGCCCGGCAAACAGAUUCAGACGAAGCUGCUGUGAUCUACAGUGUGGUUACCCCAGCACCGGCCCGGCAAACAGAUUCAGGGAACCCUCCAUAA